GCCGCGGCGGCCGGCGGGGCGGCCGCGGGGGUCCCUACCGGCGCGGGCAUGGGGAGGGUCGGCGCCGCGGCCAACGGCACCCCGCAGAACGUCCAGGGCAUCACCUCCUACCAGCAGCGCUUGCAAGCACUGAGAAAAGAGAAAUCCCGAGAUGCUGCGCGAUCCCGUCGGGGAAAGGAAAAUUUUGAGUUCUACGAAUUGGCCAAAUUGUUGCCUCUUCCUGCAGCCAUCACUAGCCAGCUUGACAAGGCAUCCAUCAUUCGACUUACAAUUAGUUAUCUGAAAAUGAGGGACUUUGCUAACCAAGGGGACCCUCCAUGGAACUUGCGAAUGGAAGGCCCUCCACCAAACACAUCAGUAAAAGGGAUACAAAUGUGGAAAUCUGAACUCUGCAUGAGAAAGACACCAUGUGAAGUUAUAGGUGCCCAACGAAGGAGAAGCCCCAGUGCACUGGCCAUUGAAGUAUUCGAAGCACAUUUGGGAAGUCACAUUUUGCAGUCUCUGGAUGGCUUUGUAUUUGCACUAAAUCAAGAAGGAAAAUUUUUGUAUAUAUCUGAAACAGUCUCCAUCUACCUAGGCCUCUCACAAGUGGAGCUGACAGGCAGCAGUGUCUUUGACUACGUGCAUCCUGGGGACCACGUGGAAAUGGCAGAGCAGCUGGGCAUGAAACUCCCACCCGGGCGGGGUCUUCUCUCCCAGGGCACAGCUGAAGACGGCGCCAGUUCUGCAUCUUCCUCCUCACAGUCUGAGACCCCAGAGCCAGUGGAAUCAACCAGCCCCAGUCUGCUAACCACUGACAACACCCUUGAGCGUUCCUUUUUCAUCCGAAUGAAAUCUACUUUGACCAAACGCGGCGUGCACAUCAAAUCAUCAGGAUAUAAGGUGAUUCACAUCACAGGCCGGCUACGACUGAGGGUGUCCUUAUCCCACGGGCGGACCGUCCCCAGCCAAAUCAUGGGUCUUGUGGUGGUGGCCCAUGCCCUGCCUCCCCCCACCAUCAAUGAAGUCAGAAUCGACUGCCACAUGUUCGUCACACGAGUAAACAUGGACCUCAAUAUCAUUUACUGUGAAAAUAGGAUUAGUGAUUAUAUGGAUCUGACACCUGUAGACAUUGUAGGGAAGAGAUGCUACCACUUCAUCCAUGCAGAAGAUGUUGAGGGCAUCCGGCACAGUCACUUGGACUUACUGAAUAAGGGCCAGUGUGUGACGAAGUACUAUCGUUGGAUGCAGAAGAAUGGAGGCUAUAUUUGGAUACAGUCUAGUGCCACCAUAGCUAUUAAUGCCAAGAAUGCAAAUGAGAAGAAUAUCAUCUGGGUGAACUAUCUUCUUAGUAAUCCCGAGUACAAGGAUACCCCAAUGGAUAUAGCACAGCUCCCCCAUCUGCCGGAGAAAACUUCAGAGUCCUCAGAGACAUCUGACUCAGAGUCAGACUCUAAAGACACCUCAGGUAUUACAGAGGACAACGACAACUCCAAGUCGGACGAGAAGGGAAACCAGUCAGAGAACAGCGAGGACCCCGAGCCCGAUCGGAAGAAGUCGGGCAACACGUGCGACGACGAGAUGAACUGCCACGACGACGGCCACAGCUCCAGCAACCCCGACAGCCGCGACAGCGACGACAGCUUCGAGCACUCGGACUUCGAGCAGCCCAAGGCGGCCGAGGACGGCUUCGGCGCGCUGGGCCCGAUGCGCAUCAAGGUGGAGCGCUACGUGGAGAGCGAGUCGGACGCGCGGCUGCAGGCCUGCGAGUCGCUCACGUCCGACAGCGCCAAGGACUCGGACAGCGCGAGCGAGGCGGGCGCGCAGGCCCCGGGGGCGCAGCACCCCAAGCGCAAGCGGCGGCGGAAAAGGCAGAAGGGCGGCAGCGCCAGCCGCCGGCGCCUGUCCAGCGCGUCGAGCCCCGGGGGCGGCGGCGGCGGCGGCGGCGGCGCUGCUGGCCUGGAGGCCGCGGGCCUGGCCGAGCCCCCGCGGCUGCUGGCCUCGCCCCACAGCGCCUCGGUGCUCAAGAUCAAGACGGAGAUCGCCGAGCCCAUCAACUUCGACAACGACAGCAGCAUCUGGAACUACCCGCCCAACCGCGAGAUCUCCAGGAACGAGUCUCCCUACAGCAUGACCAAGCCCCCCAGCUCGGAGCACUUCCCCUCCCCGCAGGGCAGCGCGGGCGGCGGCGGCGGGGGGCUGCACGUGGCCAUCCCGGACUCGGUGCUCACGCCCCCCGGGGCCGACGGGGCCCGCAAGACUCAGUUCAGCGCGCCCGCCACCCCGGCCCUGGCCGCGGGGGCCUCCGACCCGCUGUCGCCCCCGCUCUCGGCGUCCCCGCGGGACAAGCACCCCGGGGGCGGCGGCGGGGGCGCGAGCGGGGCCUCCGGCGGCGGCGGCAACAGCAGCAACAGCAGCAGCAGCAACGGCUCGGCCACGUCCAACUCCUUGCUCUACACCGGGGACCUGGAGGCGCUGCAGCGGUUGCAGGCGGGCAACGUGGUGCUGCCCUUGGUGCACCGGGUGACCGGGACCCUGGCGGCCAGCAGCACGGCGGCGCAGAGGGUCUACACCACGGGCACCAUCCGCUACGCGCCCGCCGAGGUGACCCUGGCCAUGCAGGGCAACCUGCUGCCCAACGCGCACGCCGUUAACUUCGUGGACGUCAACAGCCCCGGCUUCGGCCUCGACCCCAAAACGCCCAUGGAGAUGCUCUACCACCACGUGCACCGGCUCAACAUGUCGGGACCCUUCGGGGGCGCGGUGAGCGCGGCCAGCCUGACGCAGAUGCCCACGGGCAACGUGUUCACCACGGCCGAGGGACUCUUCUCCACCACGCUGCCCUUCCCGGUCUACAGCAACGGCAUCCACGCGGCGCAGGCCCUGGAGCGCAAGGAGGACUGAGGCGGGAGGCCC